AUGGCGCACGCCCAGUCAGCAAUGCCGCUGUUGUUGCCACGGGAUUUCGCCAGCACCGCUUGCGAACUCAUCGGGGCAAACACCGAAACUGCCAAGCUGGGAGACCUCAGCAAGUUCGGCAGCCUCGACGGGAGAGGAGUCUCGAGUGCGGACACCAACAGCGACUGUCUGGAAACCUCUGCCAGCAGGCAGGUAUCCCAGAUAACGUCUUCGGACGCUUCCUCGUUGGAAGAGCGAGGCAUGGAGCUGCAGAAAGGCGACAUUAUGCCGAUCGUCCAGAGCGUGGUCAAGAACAGCGUGCACGCAGCCUCCCUGAUGGAUCCCACGGAUCCCGACGAGCGCCUGCUCGCGGUGUCAGAGUCGUUCCAGGCGAUCACAGGAUAUAACGAGUCGGAGUUGUUGCAGGCGUCUCCCCGGCUCCUCACCGCAGGGUGCGAGUACGGGACGACCCUCGAGAUGCAGGCCUUGAUCAAGAACGCGCACCUGACUGGAAGCCCACUCUUCGCCCGGGUAGUCAACCGGAGCAAACAGGGCUGGCUCUUCUGGAGCACGGUGUACAUCCGCGGCCUGAUGGUUGCCGUCGAUCCGGUCUCCGCGGAGCCGGUGUGGCUCGUGCUGACGACAUAUUCCAGCUCGGAAAGGCCCUCCGACGAGGACGGGGAGGAUCGGACGGGGACUCCCGCGACGCCCUGCGCAAGUUGCGUGGCGCCAGCGAGGACCUCUGCGCCAAGAUCAGCGACGAGCUCGCCCGGUUCGCCAGCGGAGUCUGCCGGCCGGCGGCGUUCGAGGCGAGCCCCUCGAUGGGCUGCGGCGGCGUGCUGUGGAGUCGCUGGGCCGGGCUGGACCUCGUCUGGCGGCGCCAGGGGUCGCUGGGCGGAGUGUUGCGCUAAGGUCCUCGUCCUGGCCUCGUCUUACGCUGCGGCCCGUGCUAAGUUAGUGCUUCGUGCUCUCUUGGGGUCGCGCUGCUUCUUGCCCCGGGCGCGCCCUCGUCGGGAGCUGCUGGAGCUGCCCCUGGCCCAAGGCGCCCCCCCGCUGGUCGCUCCAUUUUGGAGCCCCUCCCAGACAUGA